CGACCGCUGACCAAGCGGCCGCGUUUGCCAACGUUUAGCUGUAAAAAUUUUCAACAGCGAAUUUAGACAAGUUACGCGUUAUAAUUGUGCAUUCAGUAUCAAGGAUGCCCAACAGUGAUGCCGAUAGUGACGGGAGCGAUAGCUCCAGUCACAGCAACAGCAGCAGCAGUGGUUCAACCAGCAGCGCCGGCAGCGCCAGCAACAGCAGCAGCAGCAGCGACGGCAGCAACGCUGGCAGCAGCAUCAAGCGACCAAGUGAGAAUGAAGAAGACGUGGAUGAAGCGAAAAAGCGAACAACUGUCAAAGGAUCGUCGUCCAAGGAUAAAGUGAAGUCAAAUGAUAAGGAAGAAGAAGCUGAGCAGUCUGUUGACAACAAUAUAAAGUUAGCUGACACGUCUGAGCUGAAAGAAGAAGAGAGUGCAGCAGCAACUGAGCCGGAAAAACCUGUAGAGGCAGAAACAACAGUUACUACAACAGAUCCAGUAGAGGAGAAGCAACAAGCCAAGUUGGCAAGUGAAAAGCCAGAGCAGGAGGAGAAGGAGAGGCAGGAGGAGGACAAGAAACAAUUGCAAACUGUUACAAGCAAUGGGAAUGGAGCAAGCAAAGAGCCUUCUGCUCCAAGCAGUUCUCCCAAUGUGGAGGAGGGUGAAAUUACCGAUAAAGAGGAUGAUAUUCAACCCGUGGAAGCUACAGACGUUGUGGCUACUAAUAACAACUUAACUAAGCAUCAAGAGCCGCAACUAAAGUCAGCCAUUGGCCAGGCACCACCCCGACAGCCGCCUCAAAUAGCCAGCCAAGUGCGCAAGCGCAGUCACAGCCGAAGCCGAGCGGAAGAAGAGGAGGAUAAGCAGCGACGAAAACGACGACAAGUGUCCCACAGUCGCAGUCGUAGUCGAAGUACUAGUCCUUCACGUCGCCAACGACGCCGACGCACGCGCACACGUAGUCCGCGCAGUCGGAGCGUGAGUCCAGUUCGACGAAGCUCCAGUUCUUUGGAACGGAGGCGUGCAGAGCGGCAGAAGCGGCACGAGGAGCGUGACAAGCGCGAUGAGGAGCGUGCACGAGAGCGGGAGAAGCGACAUCAGCAUCGACGGCACGAUGAGCCGUCGUCUGCAGUAGCAGCUAAGCCCAGCUCACCUGCUGAGAAUGCGGAUAAUGCCACCGUCAGCGAACCAACGGCCAAGAUUAGUGAACGACAGCGACGCACCGUCGAUUUGCUAACCUCUCGCACUGGCGGCGCCUAUAUACCGCCCGCCAAGCUGCGUCUGAUGCAGGCCGAGAUCACAGACAAAGCCUCGGCGGCGUAUCAGCGCAUAGCCUGGGAGGCGCUCAAGAAAUCCAUCCACGGCUACAUCAACAAGGUCAACGUCACGAACAUCGCAAUCAUCACGAGGGAACUAUUACGCGAAAAUAUUGUGCGAGGUCGUGGCUUGCUUUGCCGUAGCAUCAUUCAGGCGCAGGCAGCGUCUCCCACGUUCACGCACGUCUAUGCGGCUCUGGUGGCCAUCAUCAACUCCAAGUUUCCGAAUAUUGGAGAGCUUCUGCUCAAGCGUUUGGUCAUACAGUUUCGACGGGCCUUUCGACGCAACGAUAAAAUGGUUUGCAUGUCGGCGACUCGUUUCAUUGGACAUUUGGUCAAUCAGCGGGUGGCACAUGAGAUUUUGGCUUUGGAAAUGUUGACGCUGCUCGUGGAGAUGCCCACCGAUGACUCCGUUGAGGUGGCCAUAGCUUUUUUGAAAGAAUGCGGCAUGAAACUGACGGAGGUCUCCUCCAAAGGCAUUGGCGCCAUUUUCGAAAUGCUGCGCAACAUUCUGCACGAGGGCAAACUGGACAGACGAGUGCAGUACAUGAUCGAGGUGCUCUUUCAGGUGCGUAAGGAUGGCUUCAAGGAUCAUCCGGCCAUUGUGGAUGAUCUCGAGCUAGUGGAGGAGGAUGAUCAAUUUACGCAUCUCAUGAUGCUGGACGAGGCCACCGAAACCGAGGAUAUCCUAAAUGUCUUUAAAUUUGAUGACAACUAUGCGGAGAACGAAGAGAAGUAUAAGGCGCUGAGCUGCGAGAUAUUGGGCAGCGAUGCCAGUGGCUCGGGCUCUGGCUCCUCCGGCUCUGGAUCGGAUUCGGACAGUGAUUCGGACGGCGAAUCAGGCUCGGGCAAGGACGCAGAUGGCGAAAAGGCCAACGCCGGCGAUAUUAUUGACAAUACAGAAACGAAUCUGAUUGCAUUGCGUCGCACUAUCUACUUGACCAUCAAUUCGAGCUUGGACUAUGAGGAGUGCGCGCACAAGCUGAUGAAGAUGCAGCUGAAGCCUGGCCAGGAGGUGGAGCUGUGUCACAUGUUUCUCGACUGUUGCGCCGAGCAGCGCACCUACGAGAAAUUCUAUGGACUGCUGGCGCAGCGCUUUUGUAGCAUCAACAAGAUCUAUAUACCGCCGUUCGAGGAGAUCUUCAAGGACACGUAUCAGACGACGCAUCGGCUGGACACGAAUCGUUUGCGCAAUGUUAGCAAAUUCUUUGCCCAUCUGCUCUUCACGGACGCCAUCAGUUGGGAUGUGCUGGAGUGCAUACAGCUGAACGAGGAUGAUACGACCUCAUCGAGUCGCAUUUUCAUCAAGAUAUUAUUCCAGGAGCUGGCCGAAUAUAUGGGCCUGGGCAAGCUGAAUGCGAAGCUCAAAGAGGAUGUGCUGCUGGACAGCUUGGCGGGUCUGUUCCCCAAGGAUAAUCCGCGUAACACACGUUUCUCCAUCAAUUUCUUCACCUCCAUCGGCUUGGGCGGUUUGACGGACGAUUUGCGUCGGUUCUUGAAGAAUGCGCCCAAGACAGUGCCGGCCAUCAAUGCCGAGCUUCUGGCCAGCGGUAAUCCAUUCAAGGAUGCAACAGCCACGGGCGAAGCGGCUCCAGCUACCAGCUCGUCCUCCUCCUCCUCCAGCAGCAGCAGCAGCAGCAACUCCUCCAGCAGCAGCGAGGACAACACCAGCGACGAGGACAGCGACAGCGAGUCCAGCUCCAGUUCCGAGUCCAGUGAGCCGACGCGCAAGCGCAAGCACAAAGAGAAAAGCGUAAAGAAAAAGAAAAAUUCUAAAAAGCAAAGCAAGACCAAAAAGUCGAAGGACAAGGAGAAGGAGAAGGAGAAAAAGAGGUCCGAAAAGGUCAAGAAAGACAAGAAAAAGCAGAAGAAAAAGUCAGCUGAAAAGAAAGCAAAACGCAAGCGCAAACACGCAGAGAGCAGCAGCUCCAGCAGCAGCGCUGCCAGCGGCAAUGAGAGCGACAGCAGCUCCUCCUCUGCCGCAUCCUCUAGCAGCAGCGACAGCGAUGCCGCCGAACCGCAGGCCAAAAUCCAACGCAACGAUAACAACAACAGCAGCAACAGCAAAUCAAAGCCAACUAGGUUAGCAUCUCGGAGCAAGCAACGGGAUAGCGACGAUUUCAAUCUGGAGGGACCCAACGCUUCGCCGCCAGCGCGUCAACAGCAGCACAACGGACAUGGACAAGGCCAUGGCAGGCGAGAAGCAUCCCCGGCGAGGGAACGAGAGCGAGAACGUGAAAGGGACAGAGAACGUGACCGUCGGGGUAGGCGUGCCGAAGAGGAAAGCCGCAGCGCCAAAAGACCGCGAGACGGUGAACGGGAGCGAGGACGCGACAAGGAGAGGGAACGUGACAGGGAUAGGGAGAGGGAGAGGGAGAGGGAGCGGCAGCGGGAAAGAGAAAGGGAUCGUGAGCGUGAGCGUGACAGGGAUCGAGAGCGGGAACGUGACCGUGACCGUGAACGUGAACGUGAACGCGAUCGUGAUGCGAGGCAUUCUCGCAGGGAGCGAGAGCGACGCGAUUCACCCAGACGCCAACAUCAUAGACGCAGCGUGUCCAAGGAGCGCGGCUGAAGAGCAGCACCAGCAACAGCCAGGCAGCUCCUCGAUGCAUUUCCCAUCUAAUCUAAUGUCGAAACAGUGUACAAAGAAACGAUCUAAGCCCAGCAGCAACAAUUGUAAAUGUACAAAAUAUAUCAAAAAGCAAGAAAAAAU